GUUCCAGUUCCAUGUUUUCCAGUAUCGUUGAGAUGUCAAACAUGUGAGUGUUUGACAGCUUUUUCAUUAACAGCUGGGAAAAGGAGAAUAGUUAUCAUAACUGAAAGUGGGAGAUUUGAUCUUCAUACCUACAUAUUCCUGUGUGCCAUAUGUGGCGAAAAAAAGGAUGCCAACGAAGCGGAUUACGUCGUGUCUGGCUGGUGGCCAACAUUGGCAAAAAAUCGCUCUCACUUUUUUCUCCAGUGAAUUACUUCAAAUGUGGCGCCAUUUGAAACACCAAGCUCCCGGCACAUCGGAGAGAAAGUUUGUUGAAACCCUCUCUGAAAUUUCCAAGACGUCUAAUAGAUGCGCAACAAUUGAUAGGAAAUUGUUUGGCCUGGCAAGCCGCCAAUAUGACCAUCUUCUCUACCUUCUUAAUACGGAAAUAAAUGGAAGGGAACUAUUCAAAUGCCUGGCAUGUGGAACAUGUCCAUUAGCUAUUCAUGUGGAUGGAAACAUGAAGCUGUAUCGCUGGCUGUCUGCGCUUGGCGUGGAUGUCCCCUCCCUCUUCGCAGAUGCUGGUAUUGUUGACACAAUAAAGUUUUUGAAUUUUGUUGCCAAAAUUAAUGCGGCAAAAAUUCCGUGUGGGUCAAGCAGUAAGGAUUCAUGUGGCUCCGCUAAGUACAAAGCAGGAAAAGAAGAUUCAAGUCACAAGAAGGCACUAGCUGAAACUGGGAUUGUAUUUUGCAGUUGCCGUCACGGUGUUCUGUGGAGAGCCGUUGAUAUGGACAAGGGAGAAUCCUACAGGCAUAUCCUCUACCUUCACGACUUUGCGUUGCAACAAAAAUUCAAUUUUUUUUGCUACGACGUUGUAUGCAAAUAUUGGCCAUUUGCGAAAGAUGUUGGAAGAAAAUUGGAAACAGAGGAUUUCCAAAAACAUACCAAGGAAAUGAUUCCAUUUCUUAGCCGAUUUCAUGGUAAAACCCACACAAUGUUUUGUCAGCUUUUGUAUGGAGGUCAUUGGAUGACUGGAGCUGCGUCAACAACAGGCGAGACGACUGAACAGACUAACUCCAAAAUGUCUCGUUAUGGAUCCACUACAAAACACAUGAGUAAUCCAAAUAGAAGGGACCAUUUAACCGAUGCAAUGAUCUACUGGAAUCAAGGAAAGGAAUGCGGAAUGGCCAAGCAACUAGCGAAAUUCUAUAAUGCUGCUCUUGAUGAUUCGGUUCGUUAUGAUAAAGAGUUUGAAAAGCAAAAACAAACAUGGCUAGAGGAAACUAAGCGUCAAUUGCACGAAGCCCGUGAGAAACUAUCCAAGGCUCAGCAGGCUAUGGAUGAAAUUCCAUACAAACUCAAAAAGUUAUUGCAGAUAAAAUCUCCGGCUAAGAAAUUAAGAGAUUUUGCUGUGGUCCAAUCAAACAAACUGUGAUCCGUACUAUCGAUAUGAUUGACGAAAAGUUAGUUUUGAUUAUUCAUUAAGUUUUCUUAUAUUUCAAGCAGAAUCCAUAGUACCACAACUUACAUCGGAUAUCUUUAAACUUGAAAAAAGUCUUGGCGAAGGAGUUGUGCCUCAACUUCCCAAAAUUCUUGAAGACCUCCGGAACGAAGCGUCUCGCUGCCAGAGGAAGAGGAAUGGACAGAAGACUAAAAAAACUCCUCUUGAUGUUGCAAGGAAGAGUCUCGAAGCGACACAUCUGCUAAUGAGGAAUUUAAAAAAUCGUAUAGCGAAGGAGGCAGACAGCUCCAAGUCGCGAUCAGAGUUCAAAAGGCAGUUGCAGAAAUGUUCCGAGAAAGUCCAAAUCAUCAUUGGAACAAUAAAUGAGCAGACAAUACUCGAUAGUGAAAAAGUAACGAUAGAAAAUUGUUACAAUGGAAUUUUUCCCUGGCAGUCUUCUUCUGAAAUUUCAUUUCAAUUGAAAUAUCACCUCAUCGAUGCUCUAUGUUUCAUCAGAGAAGUCGUGAAGAAAUUAUUCAAGUUAAAAAGGGAAUGGAGCAUUUCUACAUUGGACUUUGUGACAAGAAAAAGUUACUUUCCGAAGAGAUACAGAAGAAUUCAACCCAAGAUAAACCGUUUUACAAAGGGAAAGUGAACCUUUUAAGAAGAGAAAGUUCCAGAAUUGGUGCUCUCUUGGAAGACGCAUCAUCAUGGUUUUGUGGCAUUAUCAAUGUACCAAGCCCUGAAAUUCGUCAAACAAUGGACAGGAGCAACCUCAACGAAAACACGUCGGAUUCGGAUACCACUUCAGAAGAUGAUGGGGAAAGCAAUUUUGGUAUUACGUUUGAAGGAACUGAAAUUGCGGAUUCUAGUUCUUCCGACGAAGCUGAUAAUAGUUUUAAUUCAACUGUGGAAUGAGGUAUGUUCAACUGAUACCUCGCUUUAACUCCGUGUUUCUGUGAAAAUAAAGAAUAAAUACAGCUGCGCUCAUAAUCAAAUUGUACGUUUGGUUUAUCC